ACUUGCCUCACUAAGCAUCAAAAAGCCAUCUUUUUUAUUAACCCAGAUGCUUAGUUUUCACCCUUCUUCUCGCUCAUUAUCUCAAGAUCUCUGCUUUCCCAUCUAAGAAAGAGUGAGCAGCGGGGAGAAGAAGCAUUUCAGGAUCAAGAUCCAGGAUGUUCGGGAGAGACCCAUGGGGAGGUCCCCUCGAGAUCUCGCACGCCGACUCCGCGACCGACGAUGAUCGGAGCCGGAAUCUCGACCUCGACCGCGCUGCCCUCUCGACUUCCUCGCGGCCGCUCGAUGAGACUCAGCAGAGCUGGCUCCUCGCCGGACCUGGCGACCAGGGGUCGAAGAAGAAGAAGUACAUCGACCUCGGCUGCCUCAUCGUCAGCCGCAAGAUCUUCAUUUGGACUCUCGGCAUCGUCUUCGGCAUCGGCGCUCUCGCCGGCCUCAUUACUCUCAUCGUCAAGACCGUUCCUCGCCAUCAUCACCCUCGCCCUCCUCCGGACAACUAUACUAUCGCCCUCCACAAAGCCCUAAUGUUCUUUAACGCCCAACGAUCCGGGCCGCUUCCCAAGCACAACAAUGUAUCGUGGAGGGGAAACUCCGGGAUGAAGGACGGAUUAUCCGAUUUGGCUGUCAGGCGGAGUCUUGUCGGUGGGUAUUACGACGCCGGUGAUGCCAUAAAGUUCAACUUCCCGGCAUCCUUCGCGAUGACCAUGCUCAGCUGGAGCGUCAUCGAGUACAGUGCCAAGUACGAGGCCAUCGGCGAGCUUGCUCAUAUCCGCGAGAUCAUCAAAUGGGGCGCCGAUUACCUUCUCAGGACCUUCAAUUCCUCUUCCGACAACAUCGAUCGCAUUGCCGCUCAGGUUGGAGUCGGUGAUACAUCCGGCGGUCCGAUGCCAAACGAUCACUAUUGCUGGAUGCGACCGGAGGAUAUGGACUACCCUCGUCCUGUAUUUGAGUGCCAUGGCUGCUCGGAUCUCGCUGCAGAGAUGUCAGCUGCACUUGCGUCGGCAUCCAUAGUGUUUAAGGACAACAAGAUCUAUUCGCAGAAGCUCGUGCACGGGGCGGCGACGCUGUGGAAGUUUGCAAGGUUGCAGAGAGCGAGAUACAGCGCGGGAGGUUCAGAUCCGGCGAAAUUCUACAAUUCGACGAGCUAUUGGGAUGAAUUUGUGUGGGGUGGCUCAUGGAUGUAUUUGGCGACGGGUAACUCUUCCUAUCUUCAGCUGGCAACCCAUCCAAAAAUGGCGAAGCACGCCGGAGCAUUCUGGGGUGGACCUGAUUAUGGAGUUCUUAGCUGGGAUAACAAGCUUCCAGGAGCUCAGGUUCUUCUCAGCAGAUUGAGACUAUUUCUGAGUCCAGGUUAUCCAUACGAAGAGAUACUGAGAACCUUCCACAAUCAGACCAACAUUGUUAUGUGCUCUUUUCUACCAGUUUUUAAAUCUUUUAACAGAACUAAAGGUGGUCUAAUACAACUAAACCAUGGAAGACCUCAGCCCCUUCAGUACGUCGUUAAUGCAGCUUUUCUCGCUGCGGUCUACAGUGAUUAUCUUGAAGCUGCCGACACUCCUGGUUGGUACUGCGGCCCCAAUUUCUUCCCCACCUCAGUUCUUCGCAACUUUGCAAAAACGCAGAUUGAUUACAUUCUAGGCAAGAAUCCAGAGAAGAUGAGCUAUGUUGUCGGCUUCGGCAAUCGCUUCCCAAAGCAUGUUCAUCACCGCGGUGCUUCCAUCCCGAAGAAUGGCGUUAAGUAUGACUGCAAAGGAGGAUGGAAGUGGCGCGAUACAAAGAAGCCAAACCCUAAUACGAUUGUGGGAGCUAUGGUUGCUGGUCCUGACAGGCACGACGGCUUCCAUGAUGUGCGCACAAACUACAAUUACACGGAGCCGACACUCGCCGGGAAUGCCGGUUUGGUUGCUGCUCUGAUCGCAUUGUCUGGCGAGGGCAAUAGCGUCGACAAAAAUACAAUUUUUUCUGCUGUGCCGCCGAUGUUUCCUUCUCCUCCUCCACCUCCAGCUCCAUGGAAGCCCUGAGAGAAGGAAAAAUGGCAUGUAAUUUAUUUUUGGCACCAUAUAUCCUCUCGGAGCUAUAGAAAUUCUUUUCAUGGGAUCUAACACAAGCAGGAGAAAAUAUGGGCUUGGGAGUUACAGUUUGAAAAUCUAGACAUUUUGCAUCAUAUUGCUGUGCUAUGGAUGUUUUGUAUAGGAUGUAAUACUGAAGGUUUCAACAAUAAUUAAAACAUUUGAUUGAAGGAUGUUUGGUGUAAAAGAUCAGUUCAUGAGUGGAUUAAUGCGUAACUGAUACUUUUGUGCGGUUAUUGUUAGAUGUCAAUUGUAAUAUUUGUUUGAUUAUUAUUAUUAAUUUUUAUGUGGGCUGCUAAUUAAAUA